AUGGUGAGCCGUAAGAAAUUUCUCCUCGCAUGCCGGAGAAAAGGAAUCUUCCCACCGCACAUCUCGAAGGCCCUGAAAUGCACGCACGAAAUGAUCGCCGAAAACGGACCGUUCGUAAAUAAGGUGGACCGUAUGAUAAACAGGUUCAAAAAGUCGAUCCUCAAUCUCGAAAUCAAACAGACCUUCUACAAAAUCGGCACACUACACCGGAAAAUCCAAGAUAUCACGCCAACAAUCAUCCAGCAAACCAGUCAACCAAUCGCGGACAGGUUCAUAGAGCUCCAAAGCGAAGCGUUUCGAAACCAUCUCUACGACAGAAAUAGAACUACAUCCAGAAAACUAAGCGGGAUCUCCGACGAUCCAGGGCAUCCACGAAACCCAAUCUGCUUCAACGAAACCGCCAUAACGAAUGCUACCACUAUACAGGUUCCCAACGAAACGAUGCAUCUCCUAAGCCUAGGACCGAAAUUUGCUCUUCCUCAUACCGAUAUACAGCAAGUUCCACUGUAUCACGUCAUGGCAGACGUAGAAAACAUCCUCAGGACGGAUCAACGAAAACAAGUGCAGGAUCAAAACAGAUGCAGAGUCGUCAACGCAAUGACCAACUUCAUACAUAGCUUCAGCAGUUCCGUGAAGUCGUAUGACCCGGUCGUGCGAUUCUGUGCAUCAGCUACGAGAACCACAACCCGGUUUCUGAAAAGCCAUACAGAAAUAUGCAUCCUAUCUGCAGAUAAGGGCAAUAGGACAGUAAUAAUGUACAAAGAGGACUACAACCAAAAAAUGCGAACCUUGAUAGAAGACGAUGAAACCUACACGAAAGUAAACAGGGACCCAACAUCAAGUUUCCAGUCAAAGAACAACAACAUAGUAAGAAGGCUUAAAGACCUAAAGCUCAUAAAUGAAUACACCGCACGUCAACUAACCAGACAUGAUUCGGUUUGCCCAAGAAUCUAUGGUCAACCAAAGGCCCACAAGCCCGGUCUGCCUCUCAGACCAGUCAUCCCCAAUAUGACUGCUCCCACAUACAUGUUGUCGAAGUUCGUAGCCCAAGUCCUGCAAGAAUCGUUGGUGAGCAAAUACAACACCAUCAGUUCUUUCGCCUUUUGCCAGGACAUUCAAAACACCAAGCUACCUGAAGGAUACAUCAUCAUAUCGUUAGAUGUCGUAUCGCUCUUUACAAACGUUCCCCGGGAACUGGUAAGAAAGAGUAUCAUCGAUAGGUGGUCAGAAAUCAUCACGGAGAUCAACUUGGACCUGUUCAUCGAAAUCGUCGAUUUGUGUAUGGAUGCCAGCUUUUUUAGGUUCGAAGGACAAUACUAUCGACAAGUUUUCGGUACAGCAAUGGGCAGUCCUCUGUCACCAAUCCUAGCCGACAUCGCUCUGGACACAGUAAUCGAUAAAGCUAUGUCCUCACUUCCCUUCCCGAUUCCAAUACUCAAAAAGUAUGUGGAUGAUAUCUUCAUGGCCAUUCCGACCGAUGCCAAGGAACUAGUACUCGACGCGUUCAACCGACACGAAGUGAGGCUACAGUUUACGCUAGAAACCGAAGUUAAUGGAAAGUUGCCAUACCUAGAUAUGACGCUUCCGGAAGGAUGCUGA